CGAAAAUCUCUCUUCUACAAAAAAUUCUACAACCUUUCUUCCUUUUUUCUCUCUCUCUCCUCGCUUUUUCCUCUUUACUGGCCAAGUCUUACCUUUGAUUCUCUCUGAUAUCGACUUUUGUAAAAAUUCUUAAAAGUAUAUGAAGACCCAGAGUUUCGGAAUCAACAAUGGUGAUCUCAAAAUCUAAAAGAUCUCACUUUUUCUUCUUCUUCUAGGUUUUUCUCUUUGAGGUUGAUCUUAGGAUCUGGGUUUUAUGUAUUCUCCAUAAUUGGUUUCGGGAAUCAAUAAAUUUCCCUACUUAUACCUUUGUUUCUAGCUAGAUUCAUAGAAAUUUCCAAUCCGUUUUUAAAUUGCAUUGUCGAUUCGAAAAAAGCUUGAAUUUUUACUACUGUAUUGCCCCUUUAGUUCUGGAUGCUGAUGGCGAGUUUAAGUUUUAGUUCCUGACGAAGAAGAAGGAAGAAGAAGAUUCAAAUCGUACGAAAAAUGGGGUGCAUUUGCUCAAAAGGAGUAAGAACUAAUGAUGAUUACAUCGAGACUAGCCAUGUGAGUAUCGCAAAAGACAACCUUAAAACCUCCAAGAAACAAGCUUCUUCCUCGAGAAAUAACGACAGUGUAGAUCCAGAGGAAACAAGCGUUAAUGGAAACGAAGCUACAUUGAGGUUAAUACCCAGUGAUACCAAGAAUAUCUUCUCCGAUGACGAUGAGGAGGAGAAAAAGGAGAACUUUGAGAUCAAAUCUUCUGAAUCAGUGUCUCAAAAAGAAACCACUGUGGAGUUACUUGAUAAUGUAGGACCAUUGCAACCUAGAAUGAGUAGAAUUGGUAGUGUUAGGAAUGGAGACAGAACAGCUAAGGUUAUUGCUGGUUGGCCUUCUUGGUUGGUUUCAGUUGCUGGUGAAGCUCUCAAUGGAUGGAUUCCUCGUAGUGCAGAUUCAUUCGAGAAGUUGGAGAUGAUCGGGCAAGGGACGUAUAGUAAUGUGUACAGAGCCCGUGAUCUCGAAACAAACCGAAUCGUUGCACUAAAGAAGGUCCGGUUUGCUAACAUGGAUCCUGAGAGUGUGCGGUUCAUGGCGAGAGAAAUCAUCAUCCUCCGUAAGCUUAACCAUCCAAACGUUAUGAAACUCGAAGGGCUAAUCAUUUCAAGGGCUUCAGGAAGUAUGUAUCUUGUAUUUGAAUAUAUGGACCAUGAUCUCUCAGGCCUUUCUUCAACACCUGGGAUUAAGUUCUCUCAGGCACAGAUUAAAUGCUACAUGAAGCAAUUGCUGCUUGGGUUAGAACAUUGCCAUAGCUGCGGUGUGUUGCACCGUGACAUCAAGGGAUCGAAUCUUCUGCUCGACCGUAACAAUAAUCUCAAAAUUGCUGAUUUUGGUCUUUCUAACUUUUACCGGGGCCAACGAAAGGAGCCUCUAACUAGCCGUGUUGUGACGUUGUGGUACCGCCCACCUGAACUUCUUCUCGGGUCAACAAACUAUGGAGUUACGGUUGAUCUAUGGAGCACAGGUUGCAUACUUGCUGAACUCUUCACUGGAAAGCCUCUUCUCCCUGGAAGAACCGAGGUAGAACAAAUGCACAAGAUCUUUAAACUCUGUGGAUCACCUUCUGAGGAGUAUUGGAGAAGAUCAAGAUUGCGACAUGCAACUAUAUUUAAACCUCAGCAUCAGUAUAAGCGAUGUUUAGCUGAUUCAUUUAAGGAUCUUCUUCCUCCUACAGCUUUGGCUCUCCUUGAUGUUCUUCUAGCUGUAGAACCAGAAGCACGUGGAACCACUUCUUCUGCCCUCCAAAGUGAGUUCUUUACGACAAAACCUUUUCCAAGCGAGCCAUCAAGUUUACCAAGAUAUCAGCCAAGGAAAGAAUUUGAUGUCAAGCUUCGUGAAGAGGAAGCUAGACGAAGGAAAGGUACGAGCAGUAAACAGAACGAACCGAAACGAUUCUCAAGAGAAUCCAAAGCUGUACCGACCCCAAGUGCCAAUGCCGAGUUACUGGCAUCAAUACAGAAACGUCUAGGGGAGACUAACCAGACAAGCGUGAGUGAGAAGUUCAAUCCUGAGAGAGAUUCUGGCUCUGGCUUCCGGAUUGAACCACUGAAGGGAGACAAUCAUCCUAAUGGAUCAAGCCAACUGAGAACACAAAGAUCUUAUGUCCAACGUGGGGCAGCUCAAUUGUCAAGAUUCUCGAACUCAGUAGCACCUUCUAGAGAUGGAUCACAGUUUGGAAGUGUGAGAGACGCGUUAGUGAAUCAACGCUGGCUUGAAGAUGGUUCAGGGAAUUGCAAUCUAUCCCAACGGUUGCUUGAGAAACCCAAUGGUUUGAGGAAAGAUGACCAUUCAUCCUCUAGCAAAGAAUCUAUAAUGCGUUAUGAUGGUGAGAAGAGAGAUAGGAUUCAUUACUCAGGACCGUUGAUUCAAGGAGAAGGAAACUUGGAUGAAAUGUUGAAAGAACAUGAAAGACAGAUCUUGUUGGCUGUACGCCGAGCUCAAGCUGAUAAAGCUAAGAGAGACGAUAAGAGACAAGCCCGAGCCUUGCUUCCGAGUAAUGGAAGGUGAUUUUUGAGAGAUUUCUUAUUAAAGUUUUAGAUUUCUUUAGAGAAAGUGAAAUAAAAGCAAACACUUCUACCAUACUUACUCGGCCUUUUUUUUUGUUAAGACUUGUAUGGUUAAGAAGAAGGGGUUAGGACUUAGGAUCUUGUCUUGUAUAGUCAAUUGCUAACGUUUAUCUGAUUGAUUCAUUUAAAUAAUCUAAUAAAAUCUCGGUU